CGUUGUCAUAUUCUGUUCCUGGUUGAAAAGAUGGCGGCUAAUCAAUCUUUGCGCCAAUUAGUCCCUCCAUCCCUGUCUGCUAAAGUGGAAGGCUCAUUUGCAUAUCUGACAGUGAGAGACAGGUUGCCGACCAUCCUGACAAGAGUCAUUGACACCAUCCAUCGCAACAAAAACAAGUUCUUUGAGGAGUUUGGAGAGGAGGGAGUCCAGGCAGAGAAGAGGACCAUUGGCUUUCUUUCGAAGCUAAGAAAUGAGCUGCUGACAGACAAGCCUAUCCUGGUUCUGUGUGACGGCCUGGAGGACACAGACAGCUGGAACCAGUACCUCCAGAGACAGCAGAGGCUACUGGGGGAGCAGGACCCCGUCAGCUGGUUCAAGUCCCCCUGGCUCUACAUAGAGUGCUAUAUGUACCGCAGGAUACAGGAGGCCAUCUGGCUCAAUCCCCCCAUCAGCGACUUUGACGUGUUUAAUGAAAGCAAGACGCAGAGUUUCUUUGAGUCCCAGCAGGCUGUGAUAUCCCUGUGUACAUAUCUACAGGGAUUCAACAGGAACAUGGACGACCUCUCAGAGACACAGCUCAUGGAGCAGUUCCACAAACUACUACAGGUGUCUCUGUGGGGGAACAAGUGUGACCUGUCCAUCUCUGCUGGCAUGGAGAACUCUCAGAAGGCCAGUCCCAUUGACUCCCUGUCUGACCUGAAGUCUUUUAUCCUGGUGGACGACUCCAACAUGGUGUGGUCUGCUCUGACCUCUGCCCAGAGACCAGGGGAGGACGGCAAAACCACCCCAGGGAGGGUGGACAUCGUCCUGGACAAUGCUGGCUUCGAGCUGGUCACAGACCUGGUCCUGGCUAACUUCCUGGUGUCCUCUGGUCUGGCCAGGGAGGUCCGCUUCCAUGGCAAGUCCAUCCCCUGGUUUGUCUCCGACGUCACCGCACACGACUUCCAGUGGACCAUCCGCCAGACCCUGGCGGCCAAUCACAAGUGGAUGUCCAAGAGCGGCGUCCAAUGGCAGAGCUACGUACAGGAGGGCGUGUGGUCCUAUCACGACCACCCAUUCUGGACAAUGCCUCAUGAAUACUGUGACAUGGCGGGCGACGCGCCUGACCUCUACGCGACCCUGCAGGGAGCCGACCUGAUUCUGUUUAAAGGAGACCUGAACUACAGGAAGCUGACUGGGGACAGGGAGUGGGAUCACAUGGUGCCGUUUGAUAGGGCACUGAGGGGGUUCGGGCCAGCCCCCCUGUGCAGUCUGAGGACUCUGAAGGCUAACAUCCAGGUGGGGCUCCAGACGGGGCAGGGGGAGAACCUCAACACCCAGGACCCCAGCUGGAUGACCAGCGGGAAGUACGCUGUGGUCCAGUUCUCCAGCCCUCACAGGGAACAGUAGACCUGUCUGGCACAGGAAGUGACGUCAACAUGUUCAUAAGAAGUGGUGUCAUCAUAAUCAGAGGAAGUAAGGGCGUGAGCAGGGGAAGUGUACUUGUAACCAUAAGCCAGGUUAGAGGUGUAGUGUGUUUUGUCGUAGAACUUCCUAAUGUAUUUAAAAUCUGAGAGUAGUUUAAAGGAGGAUGGUAGAGGGUACUUCAAAAAGAGGAGGGGAGAGUGUUGUUAAAUAUGGAGUGGCUGCGGAUCCGACUUCUCUGGAACCCUCUUCCCGACAGCUAAAGGGCCGAAGCUUCUGCGAAUGUGCGGGAUUCUCUACUUUAAACAGUCUCUGCUCUACUCGUUCAGCUGCCUGAACAGGCUACUCUGGCGAAAGGUGCUUGUUUAAUAAAGUUAGAGCCAAGCUGAAUCAAUGUCUGUAAGAUCACAUAAUUAUAAUAUUCUACAGAACCAAAUAAAAUAGCGUAGUAUAAAACACCUAAUUUCUAAUGAGAUUUUAGGAUGAUUGUGAGAAUGGUUACAUAUUUCUCUCAUGCAGCCUAAACUCAGCAGCGCACGCCACUCAGCAAAGGAAUGCUACAGUUUAAUACCAACUGCUAAAAAUGUGCUCACGGUACAUAGCUAAUUCAAAACACUGUAGCCUACUUCAAAACAACACUGUAGCCUACACUCAAGAAUAUCUAAAUGCAUAUCCCCAUGGAACUGAUUGUGAUCAAAUGGUUUGCAUGCAGAUUCUGCAAGGAUGUUUCACCGGUAAAACUUGAAGAACUAUCAUUCACGGUUGACAGUGAGAAAUGCGAAGGGAGGAUGACCACAAGUUUGGGUGUGCGUAAAGUAGAGGUAAAGAAACACAUGCACAGAACGUGAGUCGGUUCCAGUGGGAUGAGGCAGUUACCUCCUGAUCCGCAGCCUCGGCCAUUUAAAUAAUGAUCAACUGCUGGUUAGAAAUCUGUCCUGGGAAAACUACAAAACAAUGAAAUUUACUUCCCCCAUUUAAUGUGUUGACAGUUGUUUACCAUCAUCCAGUACCAGGGUUGGGCUCUACCUCGAUUCCAUUUCAAAUCAGUUAAUUUAUAAACAUUGAAAUUCCAAGUCAUGAAUUGAAACAUGCUAAUCUGAUCUUAAGUGACUUUUUUUCAGCCAUAUUAUGUACUUUUUUUGUCUCCCCGACAGCGAUAAAAGUUUUGAGAGUCAUUUCAUUCAUAAUCAGAGGCAAUAAGAUGCAAGGUGGAAUUUUAACAUUUACAUGUUAAGUUGGCCUGUCGUGAUUAGUUUUUGAAUUGUUAUUUUAAGUUGAGACCUUAUGUAAUAUCCAAAGUCAGCGGCUACUUUUUUAGCCAAUUUUUUUUGCAUGAGCUUGGCAAGAAAGAGUAGCAUACAUUACAGAAUAACUUGUGGUUGCUGGUGUUUUCUGGGUCUUAAUCAACGUCCUCAGUUUGUUGUCUCGUCAAUUUAUUGCAUGUGCUUUUGUUUGCAUGCAUCAGGGUUUGCACAGUGACCACAGUCCCGGAGUUUACAUUUUCAGAGUUAAAUAACUGAAGUUGAACUACAAGGUAAUGUACCCACUCUGGAAAACUAUAGAUAAAUCAUGGUAUUUGGGGCAGUGCAAUCACACAUACAAGGUGUGUGUGUUGAUGAACGAAUAGCACUAACACCUGUCUAAUUCAGUAUUUCUGUUUCUGUUUUGAUAGUACAAAAUGUUAUUUACUCAUGUCAUUAGAAUGCCUCUGUAACCAGUGCUGGUGCCGUUGUGAUCCUAAAUGACUGGAUUGUUCUCUUUGCAGAAAUCUGGAACAAAAAUUAUUAUAUUAUAACGGACUUGGUUUAAAUAAAGAACUUCAAUGACGGGUCUUA